CUCCCAAGUUUGAGGACUUAUGUCGCGGCCAUCAACCGGCAAGUACCUGCGGAAGUGGCAAGACCAGACAACAGUUGCCGGCGGCUCUGCUGUCGGCUGCCUCUGAUCUGCGCGGUCAUCCUCACGGUGUUUCUGAGUUUGGUCUUCCGACUCCCGUCAUUUCUCCACGGCACCGGGCUGGUGGACCUGGAGCAGAGAAUGGCAGGAACAGCUGGCAAUCCAUAUGUGAUCCUGGAGGUGGAGCGGGACACGGCGCCCGAGGAUGUUAGGAAGGCCUACACUUCACAGCUCCGGGACGUGGAGGCCUCCAAGGACUGUCAAGCUUCCAACAAGGCCUGCAGAGCGAAGAAGCAGAACUUGAAGAAGGCUGCCGAUUUCAUACUCAAUGGCGUCCCACGUUCGGCUGAGCCCCAGAAGGAGAAAAAGGCUCGGCGGAAGACCCGAGAGCAAGAACGUUCCGACGACGAUCCUUGGGGCGACUGGAGCGACCAUCUCAAGGCUCAAUGGGAUGCGCUUGGGGAUGAGAUCAAAGAAGGGUCGGCGCAGUUCGCCAAGAACGUGGAGAAGGACUACUUUAGCUGA